GUGGCUGGAAUCGAAUUGCCCUUCGACUCGUGUAAUGUCGCUCGUACUCGCUCGUUGAACCCACGGGGUGUUUUCGUCACCACAACUGUUGUGGUUUCAUUCCAUCCUCAGUUUGUGACCAAAGUUGACCGAGCCUACCGAAUCCAGUGCUUCUACAUGGAGGCUGACAAGACCGUAUCCACCCAAAUCGAAGUCUCUGAUCUUACCACAGCUUUCCAGACUCAGAUUGUCCCCAUGCCCGUCUGUAAGUACGAGAUUCUCAACGGCGGUCCCACUGGAGAACCCGUGCAAUUCGCCACAAUUGGACAACAGGUUUACCACAAAUGGACUUGCGACUCUGAAACUAUUGACACCUUCUGCGCUGUCGUGCAUACAUGCACGGUUGAUGACGGAAAUGGCGAUACUGUCCAGAUUCUCGACGAAAAUGGUUGCGCUCUUGACAAAUUCUUGUUGAACAAUCUUGAAUACCCAACUGAUCUGAUGGCUGGACAGGAAGCUCACGUUUAUAAGUACGCCGAUCGUAGUCAGCUAUUCUACCAAUGCCAAAUCAGCAUCUCCAUCAAG